UGAUUAAUAAAUUUUUGAAAAUGAUCAACUCGCCGGAUCUGGAUGUAGGCGACAUUCACACGCUGAUUAAGACUGCUAAAGCCUAUCCUGGUUACGUUCCGGGAGUCUCGAACGAAGAUGAAUAUAAAAAAAAGACAGAAAGAUUCAUUCGUGGAAAUUCUCUCUGUUCUUACUACGUACGCAUGGCGUGGUCGAGGAAAAUGCAGUUCAUUACCGACCUGGUGCACCGAAUACGCAGUUUAGGUACUAUCACUCUUUUCCUCAACACUUUGCAUUCCGUCACCGGGAAAAUCACGUCUUACUGCCUCACCUCGCGGACCCCUCCGAUGGUUUUCGACCGGGUUCUAGCUGAUCACGACAGAAUGAUGGACCCGGAAAUUCUCGUACCUACAAUCCAUAGCGACCUUCAGUGGUACGAAUCUCUGGACGACCAAGAGCAAGUUGCCUAUCUCAUGACUCUAGUACGCAUUUCCUCCGGCGGCAUGAUCAGGAUACUUUAUUGUCGCCUACAAGAAACCUACAACGAACGUAUUCGUCAUUCUUCGCCUUUAGUCAAGUCAAGUGAAGAAAAAGAUCACGAAGAAUCCGUACCUGUGGUUCCAAUGGAGCACAAUCCCGACGAUCCCAAGCACCAAAAAGUACUCGAGUUGGAAAAACAGUGGAACCAGACGAUCAACAAAAUGAAAGAAGACUUAGCAAAACGGAUGCCGACGUCGAAGCAAGAAAAGCAGGGUAAAUCGAAGAAAAAAGGUUCGAUGAAAAGCAAAGACAAGAAGAAGAAAAAUAAGAAGAAGGAGGAUGAAGACCAGAUGGAUUGGGUUCAGUUAAUGCCCAUAUGGAUAGUUAAGAAGAUUUUUAGCUAUUUGGACAAGAAAACGUUGACCAAAGCGAAAAAAGUCAACGCGUACUGGAAGUGGGCGAUCGAAGAGCUCGCCAAGGACAAGAAACUUCGAAAAAUGUUGGAUAAAUCCAACAAAAAAUUGAAGGCGGCUGCUGGUGGUGAAUGCACCCUUCCGGAAGACGCCAUGCUGGAGACACCCAAAUCCAGAAUUAGCCAUACUCAAAGACGGGUGAAAAAGUUGGAGCAGAGGGGCGCAAUUUUGGAUAAAAUGAGACACUGUGAGGCUGAAACGACCGACACUUCUUGUGUCAUGGUGGAAGCGUUCAGUGUUUGCGAUUUACCAAGGUUUUCUGGAUCUAUUUCAAUAUACCCUAGGGUGGUUCGAAUGAAUCCACCUCUGUAUAAAAGACCUGACUGUCUCUUCAAAGAUUUAAACCUGAUCUGUGAAACAAGGGACGAUUUGUCAGACUCUGGAUGCGAUCUCUCACGGACUGUCCCCCAUAGCUCUCAAACAAGUCUUGGAAGUGACGAAGAUAUAUUAAUAUAAUAACAUUUUUAACAUAACUCAUUCAA